UGCUUUAUUUCUACUUUCGAUUUUAAUGGAAGUGGGCGUACGUAAGCUUGCCCACAGUUUUAUGACUAACUUUGUAGAUCUUUGAUGGAGCCAGCGAUCAGAACAGUGGUGGAUGGAGAGGCGUCAGAAUCAGACGAAGAGGAGGAAGUCGAAGAGGUUCCUGAUGUAAGACAGUCAGACCAGAACCUAGUGAAUGCUGUGUCUAUAUCGGGAGAGGCCCUGGAGUCAGAUGACGAGGGGGAGACAGACCCGCCCAUCCCCGCCCUUAGAGUAGAACACAGAGAGAGUGAGACCGGACAAGAGGAGACUGGAUCUCACUCAGUGACCAGACUCUACUCUAGUAAACCAAAGUAUGACAGUCUGCUCCACAAGAAGUUACGAGAGAAGAAUGCCAGUUUGAGGAGACACUUGGUGGAUUCUGUCCAUCAGAUGUACCUGGUGUCUGCCAAAGAUCUACACAACACAAGUCUCCAACUCCAUAAGUCAAAGGCUUUGAUUGGGGAUCUCUCCCAUAAUAUGAGGAACCUGACCAAUGACUUGUUUCACUUGGAGGACAGGGUAGACAUCAUAACUUCCUGUAUGAUCCUACCAGACAUCAAUAUUAAUGUCAGUGGAACCUCAGUGUCACAAUGAGAGAGAGAGAGAGAGAGAGAGAGAGAGAGAGAGAGAGAGAGAGAGAGAGAGAGAGAGAGGAGAGAGAGAUAGA